AUGGACGAUAUGGAGAUUUCCGAUCGCGAAUCCGUGCAGGAAGAGGAGAGCGCGUCGUCUUCUCGAACCCCGGACUCGUCGCUUAAAGAAGCAGAAAAUGAUCAAGUGGAGCCACCUAGUUGGAAUAUGCUGGGAUCACCACCACAAGAUCUACCGAAUUAUCUUGCGAAAAGUGGAGACGAUCUCACAUUCGAUACCUCCGAUGCUCUAACACUCGAGGAGUUCUAUUUUUCUCAAUGGACAACUUCUGUCACCCCGAUUCUACCCCCAGUAUUCGCCGAUCUCACUUUGACCAUACCCGCAUUCCUGCCAUUCAGAUAUGCCGUUCUUGCAGUGGCGGCAUCUCAUCUAGCCCAUACAGGGGCUUCAAUUCAUUCCGGCGAUAAUGGAAGGUACAUUCCAGAGCGCACACACCGAUAUCGAAGCCUUCAGUACUAUGGAAAGGGCAUUCGAGAACUGGCAGAAUAUGUGAAUGGCUUUCCUGACGAUACCCUCGAUCACCUCGUCGCCACUUCACUUCUUUUUUAUUAUAUUGAAAUCGACGUUGGCUCGAUCGCUGGUGCCGUUGAGCAAAUGGAAUUGAUCAAUCAACUACACUGCUCCGCUCAGUCGCAUGUGAAGCACGGUUCGAUCAAGCUCAACCCGAAAUUGCUCAGCACUUGGAAAAGCUCUCGAUCGUUGUCAAUAAACAAGCGGCUCACAGUUGGGUCUGGUCGAUCCAGACCACUUGCUGCUAUUCAACCUCGAGACCCGAAAGAUUCGGUAGGACCAGGUACAACCUCGUACGACACCAUUGCACAGUUGCUUUGUGAAGUAUUUGCCACUGUCCGAACUGUAAUAGUGGACUUCUACGUUUCUCGCGGAGUCAGUCUAGCCACAGAGGAACAAAGCCGAGUCGCAUUCGGGGCUCUCGUCGAACAUAUGUCGUCCAGGCAAAAUGACUCACCAGGCCAGCCUGCCAAUAUUGAAGAAUCGUAUAUCCGGUCAUUUGAACAAAAUCGCAAAAACCUGGACGAUUGGCAUACGCAACUCGACGUAUCAGAGCUUCCCAUCGAGUCUUUCACCUCCGCAUCACUUGACCCUAUUCAAGAGAUCGAUGGUAAACUGCACGUCCAGCCUCUCAGGUUCCGGAGCUAUGAGGCGGCUAUCAAUUAUGCAUACUAUGCCUCGGCUCAGUUCAGCAGUUCCCAGAAAAUGCUCGAUCGAAUGACACAGUUCGGUUCAAUCAAAGGUGACUCCACCUUCACGCGAGAGAACUAUCCGUGGGAAAGUCUGUUGCUUCGAAUUGCCUGCGGUCUUGACUUGGAAGACUGCCUAUACAAACAUACUUUCAAGAUUGGAAUUCUCUCCUUGUUGACAUGCUGCGCGUCCUCCUGUCCACACAUUGCGGUAGCCGAUUGGAUAAGCGAUUGGAUUGGAAAGCUUGGAAAAUACGGUAUGGCGGUUGAGGAUGGAGUACCCGUGGCAUUGGUGCUGCGGGUUAUCCGAUUGAUAAUAUUGAUGAAAAGCGACGGUCACGAUGCUUUCAGGAUUUCCUUAAUGGACAGUGAUAUUAAAGAGAAGGAGGAGUUUUAUCGAAGCAAUAACGAUUUCUUUGUGGCGGUCUGUGGGAAGGAUCGCAUCCAAGGGACAAGGUAUAACAAUGUAGUCGCUUUACCUAAGUAG